AUGCCUCCCGUCCACGUCUUUGCGCGGUGGCGGCCCUUAGCAGAGUCUGCGGCUGCUCACGGAGAAAUCAGUCGCAGGGCGCUUCGGGACGGCGGAUCGCUAUUCUCCGUCUCGGUCAGCCAGCAAACGCCUGAAGAAACGCGCCCUUGGACGAGUUCGGCAGCAUUCCGCAACAUAUUCGAGCCGGAGGACGACAACUACGCGGUGUAUACAGCCGUUGUGGCGCCCGUCAUUCCCAGUGUUUUGGGCGGCGAAGAUUGCACCUUCUUCGCAUACGGUCAUUCUGGCAGCGGAAAGACGCAUACUAUCUUGGGGUACGAAUUUGAGGAUGAUCGGCAAUUGGGAAUCUGUCUGCUCGCAGCGAAACACCUCUUUGACGUGCUGCAUCGCCUCAACCAGGAAAUCCCUAAGGAGCAAGCCAUGUGCAUCGGGUUCAGCGUAUUUGAGCUACGCAGAAAUACCGCUUUCGAUCUUCUCAACCAUCGUAGUCCAUGUCACAUCAGGGAGGGACCCGAUGGCAAAGUCCAUAUUCGCGGAGAGACCGAGAUUCUGGAAGGCGGCAAGGUCAGGGUUCGCCCUAUUGUUCAGCGAAUGUGUCCCCAGUAUAAGGACUUCCGAUCUGAACUGGAACUGGCUCUCCAGCAGCGAGCAACAGGCUCCUCAAGCAUUCACGACCAAAGUUCCAGGACGCAUGCCGUGCUGCAGCUCGAGGUUGUCAGUCAAGUCUUGAUCGACGCCCGAAAGCAAGUGGUCGAAUGCCAGGCUGAGCUCGUACCGGUGGGCAAGCGUGCUAUCGAUGUCCUCAUCGAAGAAGAGAGCAGAGCAUGCGUACGGACCCCAGACGGCCGUUUUGCACCCAAUCCUGACUAUCAGAAAGACCAAGCUCGUAUCAACGCCAUCCAGGCGGAAAAGGCACAAUUCGAGGCCAAAGUUGCAGCUGCGGAACAAAGGGUCAAGUCCAUCCUCGAGUCGAGUGUGACUCCAGCUCUUGGAGCCAAACUGGUAUUUGUGGAUCUGGCCGGUGCAGAGUACUAUAAGGAAUCUGGAGCUCGUCCUCUGGGAAAGAACCGGACCUCCCAAGAACUACAAGAAGGACGACAGAUCAACAGCGACCUACUCGCUCUAAAGGAGGUCAUGCAGGCCUGGUCACAAGGCUCAAAAAGAAUUCCCUUCCGCUCAUCAACACUCACAAUGGUGCUGCGGGAGCAUUUUGCGGCAACCAACACGGGCCCUUCCACGAUUAUUGCCACGCUUUCGCCUGCAUCCGAUCAUUUCGCAGCCACUUUGAAUUCCCUGAAGUACGCUAGCCUUGUCGGAUCUGCCAGUUCCAGAUAG